AUGUCUACCCAAAGACUGUCUGUGCUUUCUCCCCUUCUGUUCUUCUGCUUCUUCAGAGAGAGUUUCUCCAUUUGUGACGGAACAACGUGGACAAAGGUUGGAUGGGAGAUUUUUCCAGAGGAAGUGCACUACCUGAAAGUUAAGGUUCCCCCAUCCAGCUGCCUGCCUUACCCUCUGGACAAACUCUGCUGCAACUUUGCUAACAUGGACCUCUUACAGAGCUCCUUACACCUCACUUACAUCUUAGCGCAAGCUCUCUGCUUAAUCCUGUUUGCUUUAUCUGUGCAUUACCUAUGGAUGAAAUGGACAAGACACCAAAAAAAGCUGAAAAAGCAAGCUUCCUUAGAGAAACAAGCUAACGGCCUAGACCUGAGCCCAUCCAUCCAUGACAUUGAACAAAUCCUCUGCAGACUACUGGCCACAACAUCAAUGAUGACCAAGUUCCUGAAGCACGUGUCUCACCACUCUUCUGUUAAGAAAGCUAAGCAACAACGUAAAUUAAGGAAGAAGAAGAGUAAGGGAGAAGAGGAGCAGAGGAACGCUGCCACCCCGAAGCUCGUGCAGAUGUAGCUUGGUCAAGUGCGGAGAGUGUAA